GAGCCAUGAACGUUUAAUGGAUGUAAUUGAGUAAAUGUAUUCAUUUCUAGAGAGGUAAAUUAACAAUGGAACUAGCCUGACAACAUUCGCCAAGAAUCUGUAUUGAAUUCAUAAUGUUCCGGAAAACAGUUUGGAGGAAAACAGGGAGUGAUGUUGUAAAUUUACAUCAAGAUCGAGCGCUGAAUACCACCAUUUUCAUUCUCAAAGAGUUUGGACCGAUUGGAUUUCUCCUAAAAGAGGAUGGGGAGUCCAAAAAUUACAAAGUCUGUUUGGGAGAUCCACAUUCGUGCACCUGUCCUACCUUUCAGAAAGAGAAGGAUCUCUGCGUACACAUUUGCUGGGUUUUAAUACGUAAAUUUCGACUUCCAAGAGAUCAUGAAUACUGUUUUCAGUAUGGUCUUGUGGAGAGACAGAUCUUAGAGCUGUUACAAGGGCUUCAUGUCAACAAAACUGUGCCUCCUAAUGACAGGGGCAGCUUGGGCUCAUCAUACCCUGAGGCAAUUGAAGAAGACGGAAGUGUCAGACAGAAAGUCAUUGAGAAAGAUGAUAUAUGUCCAAUCUGUCAAGAAGAACUUUUGCUAAAAAAGUUGCCUGUGACCUUUUGCAAGUUCAGCUGUGGAAACAGUAUCCACAUUUCCUGUAUGAAGGUGUGGGCUGAUCACCAGACAAAGAAAGACUUGCAUACCAUGCUGAAGUGUCCACUCUGUAGGGAGGACUUUAGCACUUUUAAGGAACUAUUUGAACAGGUGAAAAAUGCCAGUGAUGUGUGUACCAGCUGUGAAAAGGAGCGUUUCGACAAACACCUUGGAGUUGUGUGUAACAAUUGCAGGUUCUGUCCUAUUGUUGGGAAAUGUUUCAAGUGCACAGAGUGCAGUUUUUUCCACCUGUGUGAGGAAUGCUUUAAAAGGACCUUCCAUCCACAGCAUUGCUUCAUUGUUCAAAUGAAAAGGGGUCAGCCAUGGCAGACAGUUCCUCGCACAAUGGAGGAAACACAGAAGAUGACACAACACGUCAUGGGUAGUAGCAGCAUGUCUGGUGGGAUAUGUGAUAUAGUCCCAAGCCAUGUAAUAAAGAGUUUGCCAGUGAUGAAGGUUCGAAAAGAGUCCAGACUGCUUUAUCCAGGUGUUCAGUGCAGAAUCUGCCUUUCAAGCUUUAAAUUGGACCAGAAUGUCAGAACCCUACCCUGCAAACACAAGUUCCAUACGGGGUGCAUUGAUCCAUUACUCCACAAGUCUAACUGCUGCCCACUAGACUGGCAUGUCAUCUACAAUCCUCUAACAUGGAAUGCCAGAGGUAGCUGGAUGCAAAACGGUUUGGCUCCACCAAGUGUUGUUCAGAGCAAGCAGUUUUCAGAGUUCUUUCUCCCAGGUAUUGGUUUACAGGUUCAUAAGGAUAGUGCUUCAUCUCAGCUGAGAAAAGUGAGAUCUAUGCCAUCAGUGGAAGAUCCCAGUCCCUCCUGUGUGGGACCACUCUCACAGGGCUUUCGGGAUCUCUGCAUCAAUAGUUCCCACAUAGAACCACACUCAAGAAUUAUGAAACGGAGGUCUCUUCAUAAGGGCUUGUCUCUGGGAAAGGCCAUGCCUACAACAGCUAAGAGGAGAGGAUUAAUCUCAAGUGGGCCCUCAACAUUUCAAUUAACUUGUUUGAAUGUCCAGUCAGCAUUGGCCAGCACAAAGGCGGAUAGAAACCAGCAGAGACUCAUUAGGGUCAUAAAUGAGUCAAGCAGCAAAAGCCCAGCUUGUGGCAGGAUCAGACCACUAAAGGAUGAUCCAUUAGGACAGAGAGCAAGGCCAGAAGGGGUGGAUGUAAAGGAUCUUCAUCUCUGGAUGAGGAACAGCCCUAUCAACUUGUGAGAAAUCAAGAGUAAAGUGAAGGAUAUUCUGAUCAGUUGUCAGCUUUUUGACAUUACCAACAUAGUCUCAAAGACUCACGUUACUAUAUCUACAUUUUUUUGCUAAAUUGUGUUCGUUGUUCGUAUCGUGGCAGUUUCCUGGUGAAAUUAACACUAGAGGCGAUAUAACGUAUAACUUUUAUUCCCUUUUACACUAAUCAAAUGGCAGAUUAUCAGUUAAUAAAAGCGCGUUUUUCGCCUUGUUUCUUAGAUAAUGCUAUCUGAUGACAUCAAAACCUUUUUACUAUAGUGUAAGGUGAUACAUUUGAACAUUUGCAUGACAUAAUCAUCUUAAUAAAAAUCAAUGGGGACCAACACUUCCAAGCUCCAAAGUGGACAUAAAGGUAAUCCAUAGGAUUUAAAUGGUUUAAUCCAUGUCUUCUGAAGCUAUACGAUCAGUUUAGGGUGAGAAAUAGACCAAAAUGUAACUCCGUUUUCACUAUUAAUCUUGACAUCUUUACACUGAGCCUGAUGCAUGCGCAGAGCAUUUUAUGCACACUCUGCCCAUGUACAUGCGCUGUACAGUAACACAGGAUUACAAGUACAGAUGUGAUUCUGUAAAGCCUGCCUGAAUGACAGAUUUUAAAAGUUUAAUCCUUAAUCCCCAAAUAAAAACAAAAAAUGUGUCCUUCACUAAAUGCAAAUAAUUUUAAAUUUCAGAUCAAUCCUGAAUUCAUUAACACAUCCUUGAA